AUAAUGCCUAGCAGUGCCAGUUUCAUCUUACCCUCACCAGCAUUGGGUAUUAUCAUUUUCUUCUUUCUUUUUGCUGUUUUAAGAAGUGAAGCUUGUUUAAUUUUCACUGCCAGCGAAGCAGAGCCGUUUUCUGUGUUGGUUAGCCGCUAACAUCCUUUUUGGUCUGCUCAUCUUUACGGAGCACACACAGCCCCUUCUCAGCUCACUUAGGAAGAUAGGGUUUAGAUACAGGAAAUAGGGAACAGAGCGACACCGGCGGACAGUAUGGUGCCAGGGUGAGGGAGAGGACUUUCCUCUAUCCAGGCCAUGACCCUUUAAGUUCCUUCCAUCUAGAGCAUUCAUUCAUUCAUUUAUAUAGUCAUUCAUUCAAACAUUUAUCAGGUACUGUGCAGGCCUUAAAAGACAAAUUACUCAGCCAUGACUCUGCCCUGACAGCAUGCCUGACAGCAGAGAUGGGCAAGAAAACAGACAGAAAAUAGGGGGAUAUGUGCUCUGAUGAUGGACACGUGCAGGGCACAAAGGGAACAGAGGAGAGGCACCCAACACAGCCUAAGGGGUCUGUCCUGGAGGGCUUUCAGGAGGAAAGUGGUCCAUAAGCUGGCGCUUGAAGAUAAUUCGGGGUAGUCAGUGAAGCGGGGAGGACAGAGGGUUCCAGGGAGAGGAGGCAGCCUGACUGAAGGUUAGGAAAUAAAAAGGAAGUGAAACCCUGGGGGAGCUCUCUGGCUGGCUGGGCAGAGUGUAAGGCAGGAACAAUCGCUGAGGCCAAAGAGGUCAGCGGGGGCCGGAUAUGUAAGGCCCAAGGAGUCCAGACCUUGUCUGGAGGGAAGUAGGGAGCCAUGGAAGGUUCUAAGGAGGUGAAUAUUAUGAUCUGCUUUUGUAUUUUAGAAAUCUCACGGCAACUGCAGUAGGAGAAUGGAAUGGGGGCUGUUGGUAGAGGCGGGGAAACCAGUGAAGGGACUCUUGCAGUAGCCAACGGGGGCUUGGACCAGGGCAGAGAAGGUGCUGGAGAGGGUUCCCCACCCUCAAACAGCUCCAAAGUGCACAGUGAAUGUCCCGUCUGCCAGGUAGCUGGGACAUCCCCUGCCGCCUUGCUGACAUCCCCUGCCGCCUAGCCGGGUCACACACACCUGGAGGACAGGGGGCCAUGUGGGGCCUGGCAAGCCAGCAGUCAGGUGAGUGCCCACCAUCAGCUGACCCCGGCCUCCCCCUGCGCCUCCAUGCCUCCGAGACCCUCCAUCUGCUUCCCCUCCGCCCUUGGGCUCCCAACAAUUUUCUGUCUUUUCUUUGAGAAUAAAUUUAUUGUUUUCAUUAUAAAGGCAACUGAACGGCAUUGCAGAGAAUCGAAAUCAGGGAAACAAAGACAAAAACCAGAUCGGUUCCAGCCACCUCUCCCAGCCCUCCCUCUGGGUGUGGUUCCCUGCAGCUUGCUUUUUCUGACGCAGGUUUUUAUUUUUGCCUCCUUGUAAUCAUAGUGUCCGGACAGUUUUGGGUCCUGCUCUCUCCCAUUUGCUUCGUUAGGAGCUCAUUCCUCUGCGGCCACGGGGUCUGGGCAAAUCUCAGUUUUUAAUGGCUGUGGGAUGGUCUAGGGAUGGGGGUGGGACAGAGUUGCCGAACCGCACCCUGCUGUCCUGCGGUGGGCAAGGCUAGUCACAUGCCGCCCUGGGCUGCCUGUCGUCUUUGUGUCGGUUUGUCUAUACCUAGACCUCCCCAGGUGCCAGGGCCUGCCACCUUCCUCAGUGGCCCUUUGUGGAGCUUACAAGGCUGGCCUCAGGGGCCAUCGUCCUGGGAAAGGGUCAUGGGCAGAUCUGGAUUCAAAUCUAGACUUGGCUCUGGGACCUCAGGCACGUCACUUAACCUCUCUGGACCUCAGUUUCCUCAUGUGUUUCAUGGGUCUAUUGCAACAGUAAAAUAACGGCUGUAAAAAUCCCGACACAGUUCCUGGCCCAUUGUAAGUGCUCAAGAAAAGGUAGUGGAUAUUAUUGUAUCUUUUCAUUCUACGGAGAGUUUCUGAGACCAUGUUGGGCUAGGUGCUGGAAUGGCAAAGGUGAACGGGUGAACGAGCACUAGUUAUAACUCUGAGGAGCUCACAGUCUGGCGGGGAAGUCACCCAGGGAAACAGAUAGCCACACCAGGGUGUGAUCGGCCCUGUAGUGCUGGACCAGAUCUGGGUGGCAUCCAACUCCAUUACUUGCUAGCUGUGUGACUUUGGGUGCUGUUGGGAACACAGAGGAAGUGACUGACUGGGGGUUCAGGGAAAGCUCCGUAGAAGAGGGAACACUUGAGCUGGGUCUUGAAGGAUGAGUAGAAGUUCACCAAGUGGGAAAGGACACUCUAGGAUGGCCGAGCCUCGAUUUAACAACCCCUACUUCUGGCCCCCUCCUCCCACCAUGCCCAGCCAGCUGGACAACCUGGUCCUGAUUAACAAGAUCAAGGAGCAGCUGAUGGCGGAGAAGAUCCGGCCGCCCCACCUGCCGCCCACGUCGGCCUCGUCGCAGCAGCCGCUGCUGGUGCCGCCGGCGCCGGCCGAAAGCAGCCAGGCCGUCAUGUCGCUGCCCAAGCUGCAGCAGGUGCCGGGGCUGCACCCGCAGGCCGUGCCGCAGCCCGACGUGGCGCUGCACGCGCGGCCGGCCACCAGCACCGUCACAGGUCUGGGGCUCUCCUCCCGGACCCCGGCUGUGAGCACGUCUGAGUCGAGCGCGGGCACGGGUACCAGCACCCCGUCCACACCCACCACCACCAGCCAGAGCCGCCUCAUCGCCUCGUCCCCCACCCUCAUCUCAGGGAUCACUAGCCCCCCCCUCCUGGACUCCAUCAAGACAAUCCAGGGCCACGGCCUCCUUGGUCCCCCCAAGUCCGAGCGUGGCCGCAAAAAGAUCAAGGCGGAGAACCCAGGGGGGCCACCUGUCCUCGUAGUCCCCUACCCCAUCCUGGCCUCGGGCGAGACUGCCAAGGAGGGCAAGACAUACAGGUGUAAGGUGUGCCCGCUGACCUUUUUCACCAAGUCUGAGAUGCAGAUCCACUCCAAGUCCCACACCGAGGCCAAGCCCCACAAGUGCCCGCACUGCUCCAAGUCCUUUGCCAAUGCCUCCUACCUGGCCCAGCACCUGCGCAUCCACCUGGGCGUCAAGCCCUACCACUGCUCCUACUGUGAUAAGUCCUUCCGACAGCUCUCCCACCUCCAGCAGCACACCAGAAUCCACACAGGCGACAGACCCUACAAGUGCCCACAUCCUGGCUGCGAAAAGGCUUUCACUCAGCUCUCCAACCUUCAGUCUCACCAGCGCCAGCACAACAAGGACAAGCCCUACAAGUGUCCCAACUGCUACCGGGCCUACUCGGACUCCGCCUCCCUGCAGAUCCACCUCUCGGCCCACGCCAUCAAGCACGCCAAGGCCUACUGCUGCAGCAUGUGCGGGCGGGCCUACACCUCGGAGACCUACCUGAUGAAGCACAUGUCCAAACACACGGUGGUGGAGCACCUGGUGAGCCACCACUCGCCCCAGAGGACGGAGUCCCCCGGCAUCCCGGUGCGAAUUUCCCUCAUCUGAGCCGACCCAAGGCGCCGCCCCACCCUGCCCACUGGCAGACACAGACCCAGGCAGCACCAGGCCCCAACUUCCUCCAGGGGCCCUCCAGGAACAGCCGAGCUCUCUCAUGACCUUCCUGACCUUCCAGAAAGCCUGGGCUGCAGAAGCCCUGCCCGGUCCAGCUCCGGGGGCGGCCAGGCCAACUGCAAGAUUCUGGACUGUUUUGGUGGCAUCCAAAGACGAUCUCAGAGCACUUUGAACCUCUCUGUUGGGUUUCUUUUUGUUCCCCACCCUCCACUUGCUUCACUGUUUUUUUGUUUUGUUUUUUAAAGUUUGUUUUGGAAAUAACAAAAAAGAUAUUUAUUGGCCAAGAAGUUGGUGCUGCUAAGACCGAGAAAUUAAAAGAAUCGGACAGAUGGACACAGAGAACCAGAGGGCAGCGUGGGACCUUCUCUUGCCACAGCCUCAGGUCUUGAGGGAAGGCUCAGGCCUGAGUUUCUGGACUGCAAAGGGGACCCCCAGGUGGGAGGGGACAGGAGGCAGCUGGAGUGAGCCACUCACCCCUAGGUGCCCAGCUCACACCUCUCGAGCUACGCCCUGGGCAUUACUGAGCAGAGGGAUGCGGCAGCUCCCAAGGCUGCCCAGGCUUCAGGAGGCAAAAUGAGAGAGGGGCCGGGAGAUCCGCAGGACCAAAGGGUGCAGCGUUGGGCUGGGCUGGGCGCAGGCCCAGGGAAAUGGGGUGAGGGUGGGCUGGGUAAGACCUGGCCCUCCACUGCCCUGAAGACCACCCCAGUCUACCUCGGUGCUGGCCAGGAAACCUAUUGGCUACCUCUCCCACCAUCCCAGACUGUGGGCAGGGGGGUGGGGAGGGAGUGGGCCUGGGCUUAGGACCACCCCCCUCCAGAAUUUCCUCCAGAUGGGGCAGUGCCCAGGGAGGGGUUAUUUGUCUUCCCUGUCAUGGAGGGGGAACUCCCAGUCCAAGCCCUAGGCCCCUCAGCAGGGAAGGGAUCCUCGGGGAGGAGGGUCCCAGGAGCAUACCCUGCCCUCAGCCCCCACAGACACACCCCAAUCUGAAAGCCAUGCGUGUCCGUGUAUAUAGGAACUAUGUACAGAGCCCGGAGAAGCCCCCCCUUCAUCCCCCGGGAAAAAAAAAAAAAGAAAAAGAAAACUAGACAGAAACUCAUCUAUAUAUUCUGUAUCUGGAGUUCCGUUUUGAAUAUUAACUGUGUUAUUUUUAUACACUUUUUAAGCCUUAACUCGCCAUUGAUUUACCAGUUUAACGUUUCCUGGGUUUUUUUUUUUUCCCCAUGGGGUUCUCUGCCCCCACCCCCACCCCUUUGUUUGACUUGCGUCGUCUGAUAACUCAGUAUUGUAGCUUUUCGUCCGCAUGUUACUACCCUGUAAAUACGCUGUUAUACAUACUGUUAACACCCCAUUUGCUUUUUUCUAUGGGACCUCCAGGCCACCAUAUUUAGAACUAGUUACCUUAUUAAAAAAGAGAAAACAGUCUGUUGGCUUCUCGGUCUGCAUCUUGGUGGCAGGGAGGUGAGGGCACGUGCCCCUCAGUGCUUCAGGAAACAAGUUUGCAUUAUAUUUAAGAAAAGGGGUGGGGAGCAAAAUAAAAAUCGAACGUGGGGUAGACACUAAACGGAGCAAGAAACAAAGGAAUUCCAAACGCUCUGCUCUUUGUAUUUCUCUGUUGUGAAGAAUAAACUGUACCCACACCUGG